CUCUGAAAGUACAACUAGCCUGGAGGCCCACAACAUAAUUUUUUACGAUCGAGCGCGGAAGUUGUAGACAGCCCGAACAAAAACAAUCCUUCACUUCGCCGACUACUUGAACUGGUGCUGUUCUAUCACUUCGAGCACGCGGAUACGUCAAAGAGUACUUGCAUUGUACCUGUCUCGACUGCAUGAUCAACCAAACCACAAGUCUCGCUCUUACGAGUCAGUCACGAUUGUUGAUGUUUUUUCUGGAGAUCUUGCAGCUACCACUGCUGCGGUUUUUGUGUCGCAUUUUCGUAUUUCUGUCCGAAUGUUGUCAAUUUCAAUUUGCUUCUCUAAUUCUAAUUGUGACCUUUUCAGGCCGAUCAUGUAAAAUUAGAAAUGACGAAGACGAGGAUAAGAAAAACCUCCGAAAGACAGGAGACUAACUACGGUAAGGGUUUCAACGAAAAUGCGUAAUACCCCCCACUUAGACUAGAUGUAGUUGUUUCAGGUGGUUUUGGAAAUUUGUUGACGCUAGCAUCAACAGCUUUUACGUCAGCUGGGCCCUGCUAGAUUUCGAGCUUGCUUCUGUCGACUUCCAAGAAGAAAGCGCAUUCUUUCACGACCAGAAAGUGCGUGAACCCCAACAAAGAUGAUCAUUCAGGAUGGGGUGGUCCCCUGGGUCGAGAAGUACCGACCGGACAACUUGCACAACAUUCACGGUCACGAGGAGAUUCUGAGCACGUUGCAGCGGUUCAUGCGCGCCAACCAGCUGCCGAACCUCUUGCUGCACGGCCCGGCGGGCACGGGCAAAACCACCACGGCAGUCGCGAUUUGCAAGCAAAUUUUCGGGAACAAGGAGUACAAAAUGAGCACGCUAGAGUUAAACGCGUCGGACGACCGCGGCAUCGGCGUGAUAAGGAACGAAGUGAAAAACUUUGCGCAGAGCACCAGCUUUGGCUCCUUCACCUUCGAGAAAGUAGGGAAGGAGCAAGCGAAACAGCAGCAGGAAACUUUGAACGACGGGGACGUCGUGAUGGCGGACGCAGCAGGUGACAACUCAGGUGGUUUGGAUAUUUACGCAAAAAUCCGAUCGCAGUACAAGGUGGUGAUUCUCGACGAGGCGGACUCGAUGACCAACGUCGCACAAUUCGCCUUGCGCAGAAUGAUCGAGCAAUAUUCCUCAAACGUGCGAUUUAUGAUCAUCUGCAACUUUGCCCACAAAAUCAUUCCCGCGCUGGUGUCUCGAUGUACGGCGUUCAGGUAAGGAAACAGAGCGUGUUUUCGACGUUUUUUUCUUGAUGGUCUGGGGGAAAAAAAAGAAUGAAAAGUUUGCAGCGCUGAGCAGCCAACAUAAGUAGGACUCGAAACAAGCAGACCGAACUACAUCUAGGAUCACCGUUCCUCUCUAAAAAAAGGUUUUCCGUUCUCCCGGAGGAGCAUACGGCGGCCUGCGUGCACAAGGUCGCACAGCACGAGAAUCUUGAUGUGGAUGUUCGGGCGGUCUCUGCGCUUCAGAAGUGCAGCAACGGCGACUUGCGGAAAGUGCUGAAUAUGUUGCAGUCGCUGGCGAUUUUAGAGAAGGCGAAGAAGAAAAAGCUUCCCAGCACCUCUGCGAGCAACGAAAAUGCACAAGCGCACAAAACACGCAUCUCCGAAGCCGAAAUCUAUCGAUCGCUCGGCCUCUGCACGCCCCAGGAGCUGGAUCUGGUCGUCAAAGAGCUGCUGACAAACUCCGACCCGGAAAAGUUGGUACAACUGAUCUUGUCCCAAAGAGGGAACCUCCAAUCCAUGCUCCCGGGGCUGCACGCGCGCCUGAUCAAGCUGCCCUUCAAAGCGCCUGCGACUCGCCUGAAAGUGGUGGAAGCACUCAGCAGCGUGGAAUGGCGAUUUACACAGGGGGCCUUCAAACCCGAGUAUGAAGCGGCCUACUUGGUCAACGAAAUUAUGGUGCUACGAGCCGGCUGGCAGUAUUGAGAGAACAGGACUGCUGUGGUGCUUUUCAAUAUCCGAACGGUCCUGGCCGAGGCGUGAAGAACCGCUAAGACUAGAAUGAAAGUAAACGACACCGUUCAACGCGUAAGUAAACGCACUCUACGAAAAACGACUCCUAGACUAAGUAAUGUACAUCAUUACAAUGAUUGCCGUGGCCGUCACCACAUUGCUGGUUCUGCCGGCCGCGACUCCGAGCCUCUACAUGGCGUUCUGCUAAAGAUAGUUGAC